AUGCUCGCCCUGCUCCUCUCCCCUGCACACCCUGGCCGGUCCCUGGCCAUGGAGGCGGAGCGGCUGACGGUGCCCGAGUGUGUGAGCCGGGCGGGCGCGGGCGGCGGGGGCAGCGCCCGGGAGCACCGGGGGGUCUCCCCAGGGGUGGGCACCGAGGUGCGGGAGGCGCUGGAGCGGGUCCUGCCCGCCUUGCGCCGGGCCAUCGCCCAAGCCACGCAGGCGACCACCCCCGAGGGGCUGCGGGCGGCCAUCAGCGAGGUGUUCCGCCUGGUGGAGGAGGCCUGGGGGAUGCCCGCCCUGGGGAGGGACGUGGCCAAGGUGCUGUGCGAUGUGAUCCGCCUGGAGGGGGGCCUGGACCUGCUGCUCAACCUGCUGUACACCGCCGAGCUGGAGACCAAGUGCCAGGCAGGAAAACUCCUGGAGCAGAUCCUGGUGGCAGAAAACAGGGAUCGGAUUGCUCGGAUCGGCCUGGGCGUGAUUCUGAACUUAGCCAAGGAGCGAGAUGUUCCCCAGCUGGUGCAGAGCGUCUCUGGGAUCCUGGAGCACAUGUUCAAACACACUGAGGAGACCUGUUUCCAGCUCAUCUCUGACGGAGGCCUGGAUGCCAUCCUGUACUGGUGCCGCUGGACGGACCCCAUCGUGCUGCGGCACUGCGCCAUGGCCUUGGCCAACUGUGCCAUGUACGGAGGGCAGGCCAACCAGCGCCUGAUGAUCGAGAAGAGGGCAGCAGAAUGGCUUUUCCCUCUGGUGUUCUCAAAGGACGACGAACUCAUCCGGCUGCACGCGUGCCUGGCCAUCACGGUGCUGGCCACCAACAAGGAAAUUGAGAAGGAGGUGGAGCGCUCGGGGACUCUGGCUCUGGUGGAGCCGUUCAUCGCCUCGCUGGACCCAGAGCAGUUCGCCCGCGAGAUGCUGGGCAGCAGUGACAACGUCCAGGGGCGGACGGCGGAGGACCUGCAGCGGCUCGUGCCCCUGCUGGACAGCUCACGGCUGGAAGCCCAGUGCAUCGCUGCCUUCUACCUCUGCACUGAGGCCGCCAUCAAAACCAGGCAGAAGAAAACACAGAUUUUCAGCGAGAUCGGGGCUACGCAGAGCCUGAAGAGGAUAGUGUGCUACUCCACCAGCAGCACCACCUCCUCCCUGGCCAAAAAGGUGCUGCGCAUGAUAGGGGAGGAGGUUCCUCGGCGCAUCCUGCCCACGGUUCCCAACUGGAAGUCCUGCGAGGUGCAGACGUGGCUGCAGCAGAUCGGAUUCAACAAAUACUGCCAGAGAUUUCUGGAUCACCAGGUGGAUGGGGACAUUCUGCUGAGGCUGACAGAGAAGGAGCUGCAAGAGGAUUUGGGGAUGGACUCCAGCAUCACUCGGAAAAGGUUUUUCCGGGAGCUGACAGAGCUCAAGACCUUCGCAAACUAUUCCACCUGCGACCGCAGCAACCUGGCCGACUGGCUGGGCGGCAUCGACCCCAAAUUCCGGCAGUACACCUACAACCUGCUCACCUGCGGCAUCAACCGCAACUUCCUGCACCGGGUGACGGAGCAGCAGCUGCAGGAGGACUGUCACAUCGACACGGGCUUCCACCGCGUCCGCAUCCUCACCGCGGCCAGGGAAACGCUUCACUCCCCUAUAACGCUGCAAACCACGUCCAACGGGACCGAUGUGUUCAUCAGCUACCGGAGGAGCACCGGGUCGCAGCUGGCCAGCCUGCUGAAGGUCCACCUGCAGCUGCACGGUUUCAGCGUGUUCAUUGACGUGGAGAAGCUGGAGGCAGGGAAAUUUGAGGACAAGCUGAUCCAGAGCGUCAUGAGCGCCCGCAAUUUUGUGCUGGUCCUCUCACCAAAUGCACUGGAUAAAUGCAUGGAAGACCCUGAGUGUAAGGAUUGGGUACACAAGGAGAUUGUGACAGCCUUGAACUCUGGAAAGAACAUUGUACCUGUUACAGAUCAUUUUGAGUGGCCAGACCCAGAAACACUUCCCAAGGACAUGAGGGCUGUCCUGAAAUUUAAUGGUAUCAAGUGGUCCCAUGAGUACCAGGAGGCCACGAUCGACAAAAUCAUUCGCUUUCUCCAGGGCCGCUCCUCCCGGGACUCCUCGGCUGGGUCAGAGAAUGGGCUGGACUGCUUGCUCUCCGUGGGGCAGAGCUAGAACCAGCACAGCUGCCU